CUACGGGUAACGCUGGAUCCCCGGAUUUCGGUGCUCCGAGGGCCCAUGCUUGUGGCGCUAAAAUCAGGUGGGAGCAAGAUUGCUGGUUCCCGGUCCGUGGUGUCCGCUAAAUUCCACUUGGGUGGUGGAGGAUCCACAAUCUGUCAGCGCCCAGUCCCACCCGGUCGCGUGAACACGCAGCAGAGAGAGCUGUGCCCCUUUUUCUUCUUUUAAAACACCACGUCUCCCUUUCUGUGAAGAGAUUUUGGUGAUCCACAACACGCGUCGCCAUAUUUUGAAAGGGAGAUAUCAUAAAUAAAAAAAGAUGGGGUUGCGGAUAUUGAGGAGCCGCGCGCUUCUUGUGCUGUGCGCUGUUGCGCUGGUGCUGUUUGCGGGAUCUGCUUGGGGGCAUGCUGGGGGGAAGUGUGGCGCUGGAGGGCAUGGAAGGCGGGUGGUGGUUCCGAGGACGACGGAGGAGGUGGCCGAUGUGUCGAUGUUGAGUUUGGGAGAGGUUGGGGAGGAGCUGCAGAAAUGCGAAAUCGUCCAAAAGCUAUCCAACCUCAAAAAGGCCGACGCCGACGCCGCCCCCUCGAGCCUGACGACCAAGAUUUUCGGGUAUCUGUUUCCUGGUAGUCCUGCGGUCAAUGCCUUGUUGGCGACGCUGUAUAUUUCCGGCCCGCCGAACUUCUUGCUGGCCCUCUGCCCGACGGAUAUUAAUCCGGAUUCGCUGCAGGUGAUGGUUGCGUUUGCGGUUGGGGGGUUGCUGGGGGACACGCUGUUUCAUUUGCUGCCUGAGAUUUUUGUCGGGGAGGGGGAGGAGGACAGGGCGAGGUUUGUGAUGGUGGAGCCGAACAGGAACUUGCUGCUCGGGGUGGGAAUCUUGGUUGGGUUUAUGGUCUUUGUGGGGAUGGACAAGGGGUUGAGGAUUGCUACGGGAGGCGAGGGGCAUUCGCAUGAUCAUUCGCAUGGGCAUAAGCAUGGCGAGGAUGAUACCAAGGGGGUGAGUUCGGCGGUGGAGGAGGAUGAGGAGAAGAAGAAGAAGAAGAAGGGGGAGUUGAAGAGACGGAAGGGAGGGAAGGAUGAUGGGGAGGGGGAAAAGGAAGAGGAGGAGAAGAAGGAGGUUAAUCCCAGUGUCAAAUUGGGUGGGUUGUUGAAUAUGAUUGCCGAUUUUACACACAACAUCACCGACGGUCUCGCCAUGUCUGCCUCGUUUUACGCUUCCCCCACCAUCGGCGCUACUACGACUGUUGCGGUCUUCUUCCACGAGAUUCCCCAUGAGGUCGGCGAUUUCGCUCUGCUGGUCCAGUCUGGGUUCACGAAGAAGCAGGCCAUGGGCGCGCAGUUUGUUACGGCUAUUGGUGCUCUCCUCGGCACGCUCAUUGGCAUUGCGAUCCAGGAGUUUGGAGGGAACGGAGCGAGCGGCGCUGAUGCUGUGGCCAUGGGCAUGAAGGAAGGUCUCUGGGGCACGAGCUUGACUUGGGGAGACAUGUUGCUGCCUUUCACGGCUGGAACUUUCUUGUAUGUGGGCACGGUGGCGGUCAUCCCCGAGUUGUUGGAGACUGGGAAGAACAAGGCGGUGGAGUUGAGGAAGAUGCUAGUGCAGUUUGCGGCGAUUGCUGCUGGGGCGGGCAUCAUGCUUUAUAUCUCUUGGCAUGACUAAGUUGCUUGCUUGACUUGAAGUUUGGAAAGUUCGUUUGUGUUUUGAUCGAUGAAGCAUAAGAGUGAUGGAGUGUGUGGGUUGUUUGGUAUCUUGUGUAAGAGUCAUAAGCUGAGAAAGGGGA